AUGCAGAACACUAAGCUGAAAAAAUCGACGGGGCACAUUCGUGCAUUAGGGGAAAAAUUGCAGAACGCUUUCAAUGAAAAUGCUAAGUUUAAAGUGAAGCUGAAGGAAGAUGAAAAGCUCUGGAAGGGAUUAGAGUCUAAGUUUUCAUCAACUAAAACAUUAUGUGAUCAGCUCACAGAAACUUUACAGCUCUUCGCUGGUCAAGUUCAGGAUGCGGAGAAAGAUAAAGAGGCCUUUGAAGGCAAACUCUCUGCGAGCACAGUAGCUCUUGAUGGUUCGACUCAACAAAUGAAUGAUCUGUCAAUAAAGCUAGAGUCAGCUGAGGAAACUAUAAGGAAUCGUGAAAAAGAGCUGGAGGAACGCAGACUCGAGAAAGAGGAGACAGAUAAACUUUACCGUAAUGAACAGUGCAGAACUGCAAAUCUCAUAGAGGAAAAAGAUGCUAUGAUUAAGAACUUUGAAGAAACUCUAGCAACUAAUAGGUUGGCUACGGAGAGUUUGAACACUAAAUUGGGUGAGGUGCAUCUUGAGUUAAAGUUAAAAGAGGAUGAAAUCAGACAUUUGGUAACUGCACAGGAGAACUUGGAAACAGAAAAGCAUGAUCUCCAUUUGAGCAACGAUGACCUAGUUAAGAGAUUAGAUAUGUCAUUCCUCAAGAUAAGGAACCUUGAAGGUUUUGUUCAUGUGUUGGCUUCACAUUUGGCUGAAUUGGAUAGACACUGUUUGAACUUCCUGGAAAAGUUUGAUAAGCUAAACUCUCUUGACCUUUCUGCCAAGCUUGCACAGAGACAGUAUGAUCAACUGCACAACAGGUUCUUGAACUUAACAUCAGAAAAAGGUGCUACACAGUUGGUAAAUCAGGAGUUGAACAAUAGGGUCAUGGAACUUCAGAAAGUUCAGGAGUCUACUAUGUCACUACAUACAGAGGAAAGCCGUACAGCCAGAGAGAGGAUACAGAAGUUGGAGUUUGAAACUGAAGCUCUGGUGUCUGAAUUAGAACUGCAGAUUGAAACAGAAAAGCUGGUGUCUGAAUUAGAACUGCAGAUUGAUUCUCUAUCAGAAAGUUCAAGACCAUCUGAAAAUAAAAUGCAAGAUCUGCUGAUCAAAAUCUCAGCACUAGAAACUGAGAAUAAAGAUAAUGCAGUGAAACUACAAGCAGAGAUAGAGAAGAAAGGGGAGCAAAUUGAUGAUUUACUGAAGCAAGGUGAAGCACGUGAGCAGCACGUAGAUUUGAUGGAUAAACAAGUCAGCCAGCUUCAUAGCACACUAGAGGAAAAGGAGCAACUUAUUGUGCAAUAUAAGGAACGAGGGAAGAAUCCGGAAGAGCAGAUCACAGAGAAUCGUGCAUUGCUGACUGCUGCUGAAACUAGACUGAUGGAAGAUAAGAAGCAAUGUGACCUCAUGCUUGAGAAUAAACAACUAGAUCUGUCAAGGCAUUUGAAAGACAUAUCACAGAGGAAUGAUCAGGCAAUUAAUGACAUCCGGAAGAAGUACGAGGUGGAGAAGCUAGAAAUAGUUAACAUGGAAAAGCAAAAGGUAGAAAAUCUUGUUCGAGAAAGGGAGAUAGAAUGUGAGAAAAAACUUGAAGAAUGCAAAGAAGAAACUAGGCAGCACUUGAUGCGUGUUCGGGAGGAACAUGCUGCUCUGGGACUAGCAUAUAUGGACUUCUCAGACGAUGCACACCUUGCUGCAGCUGUAGCAAAAAAUAAGAAGACACUCCUAGGGAAGAAGCUGAGCAUUGCACAAUCAGAUCCAAAGUGUGGCAAGAAAGAACAUGGUAGAUCACAUGAGUUAUUCUACUUUCUUUCAAUGCACAUUUCAUGCUCAUCUGCGUAUAACCAUACUGGUGCUCUGACUUCUCAUCUUCGCGUUGGUGGCUGCUUUCCAAAAAACAACAGACAUGGCACAUGUAUUGUGGCGGUAAUCGGCCACAACUUUAUAAGUAUAGCUGGCGAUGGUCGAUCUGUUGGGCAACUAGAUGCAAAUUCGCCUGAAAUCAUACUUGAGGGAAACGCCAACAAGUUGUGUCGAAUCGAUAGGUACCUGAUAUGUGCCAUUGCUGGUGAUGUGAUUGAUGCACUCGAUAUGCUGACAGAAGUAACAAGUGUCUGUCAUCAUAACAACAUUCAAAGCGUUAGCAAUGCCUGCACUACGUAUCUGGAAAAUCUUGAUAUGACGAAUGUGAAGAUUGAGGGAGAGCUAAUGAUUUUUGGUUAUUAUAGAGCGACACCACAUGUGUAUAACACAGAUACUAGAAAGUGUGUACCGCUGGAAGUAGGUGCUGUUGUAGGAUUUGGUACUGGUUUUGAGCAUGCUGAACGGUACCUGCUGGGAAGAUUAAGGAGAUUUAAUCUGCAUAGAACAAGGGAAGACUUCUUGAACGAUCUUAGAGAAGCAGUUGUUGUUGCUUCGAUUGAGUGUCCAUCUGUUGGGGGUUUCCUAACUUUGGCAACCAUACCAAAUGAAAGGAGGCUAGGGUUACCUGUGAUUCAUGAAGAUGAUCACAUCCUUCAAAUUUGUAGCUCAAGAUUUUUUAGCAUUCAAAGACAGUUCUUGAAGUGUGUCAUUGUGACAGCUUAUGGGAUGGAAUAUGCUGCUGGCAGGGUAGAAUAUAUGAAUAAAUGUAUAAAGGUACAUUUUCCAACAUCAUAUGGCUCAAAUGUUAUAGGUGUGAUUAAGAAGCGAAGAAGACGCAACCCAACAAUUAUCAUCCAAGUUGUAUUGUUUGGAAGUCCAGUAAGGCCGUCUCAGCUCAAGAUGAAGUUUGGAACUGUUCUGUACCAGUCUAAUCGUAUCAGGAUUCAACUUCUGAAGCCUACACGUAAUUUGAUGCAACAGUAUGCAAGGGCUAUCAAAUAUCAGGACUUUUAG